UCCUGUCCUUUGUUCUCAACUCCCAUCAACAUUUCUCCAUCAUGGCUCCCAUCCCGGAAGAAAUGAUUAUCGCUGCAAGGGAUUCAGUGUUGGAAAUGGUGAAUGACACGCGGCAUCAGACAGAGAUCGAAAUUGCCUGGAGAAGACUCCACCCUAUGCAGCAAAAAAUCAUGAUGAAGAAGAUUGUAAAUAGGCUGACUCCGGAACUAUUCGCUGUCCCCACAGAAAGCGAUGCAGGUGAUGAGGGCUAUUAAGAAAUCAGGAUCUGGCUCGCUAAGAAAGGCGGUAUUGACGUCAGCGACCUGCAACAGCGUGCAGUCAGAAGCCGAUGAGAUGUCGAAAGCCACUACGUUCAAUGACUAGUUGCUGUGUUUUU